AUGGGCGCAAACUUGACGUCACCAUUGCCACAUCAUCAUCGCACACAGACGACGUCCGUGUGCAAUCAUCUAUUUUCACCCGGAGAUGGAGGACCCACUUUUGCACCACAAAGAGACUCAACUGGCUCAUCAAGGAAUUCAUCAAAUGGCAAAGAAAGCGUUUUGAUGCAAGGAUGGAAUUGGAGUAAACGGAAUAUUCAACCUGUGAUGAGCAGAAGAUCUUUGCCGAAAUCUGGGUCAUCAUCAGAAGCAACUUCUUCCAAAUCCAGUGACAGUUUGGUCUCGUUUACCAGGAAUGUCAGCACUUCAACUACUUCCAGUCAAUAUGGAAAACUGUCAAUAUCACUGGACAGAAAUCAAAAUUAUAAAACAGUUCCUCGACCAGCCGAUACGACUACUAUAAUCCCGAACUAUUACAGUCUUCGGGAAGAAUUCAGAAGGGGUCUUCAAAUUAACACAAGACAAGAUUUGGACAACAACAAUUUGACAGCUAAUGAGCUCAGUGUUAUUAGUUCUCCGAAACAUGUUCCAAGACCUCGAUCGAUUCGUGAUGACAAUGCAAAUGACGAUUUAUCGCCUGGAGACCAACAGGAGAAUGUGAUAUCAGAGAAAAGAGGCACAAAGAAGACUAUAAUCCAGGCUUCAACAUCGGAACUUCUUCGUGGUCUUGGUAUUUUCAUCUCCAAAAAUUGCGAUGUUUCUGACUUUGAUCCCGCCCAUUUGGUUACGUGGCUUCGAUCAGUGGAUCGAUCCCUUCUUCUGCAAGGAUGGCAGGAUAUCGCAUUUAUUAAUCCUGCCAACCUUGUUUUCAUAUUUUUGCUGGUUCGUGACGUGUUACCAGAUGAACGUCAUCUAAUUCAUUCGUUGGAAGAGCUACACGCAUGGAUUUUGAGCUGUUUGUAUGUUUCUUACUCGUAUAUGGGUAACGAGAUUUCUUAUCCACUGAAGCCGUUUUUGAUUGGAAAUGAUCGCAAUGUAUUCUGGAAUCGCUGUGUAUCCAUGGUAACCUCACACAGUCAUAAAAUGCUUCUUCUCAAUUCUUCAUCCACAUUUUUCACGGAAGUAUUCACUGAUCUCAAACAUUGUUCCAAUCCAUCCUGA